GUAUCAGGCUCUGUUAAGCACUUUGUGUGCAUGAUCACAUUUAAUCUUCAUGAAAUCUAUAGUGUAGUUUUAUCCCUUCUUUAUAGGUAAAGGCACUGAGGCUCAUGAUAAGUAACUCCCCUGUGGUCACCCAGCUUAGGGACCUGGGAUUGGUAUAUAAAUCUGAUUGCUAAGUCCAGGUCCUCACCACUCCUUCUUUCUCACUGACUAUGUAGAAGAGGCCUGAGACCACAAAUCAAGGGCUUGGCCUUAGGCAACUGGCAAAACACAGUGCAUAUUGCUGAACUGGGCAGUGGAUCCUGGAAACAUUAGGAGGUGGUGCCUGCCAGGAGGUAGGAAAAUGGACAGUUAUAAUUUCUGCAUGUAGCACACAGGACUUGAUUGGGCAUCUGAGAUUUGCACUCUUCCUCAGACCCAUUUUGGGUGGAAGGUAGAGGUUAGCAUUAAUCCAAAUGCCCCCUAAUCUGGUCUAAAUGAUGGAAAUCAGUAGUGGGAUUAACUGUGCUGGCAGGUGUUCAGUGGCAGGGGAGGCUAUGCACAUGGAAGUAGCGCCUUGAGCCAAACCACAGAACAGAAAAUUGGAGCAGAAUUAUAUAAAUCAAGGUCAGAAAUUUCCUGUCCAGCCCACAGGGUGGAGUUUUCUCCAUUCCUGUCCAUCCUACUGAAUAUAAACCAUGAUUUGAUGUGGAAGGGGAAGCUGGUAGGACUCUCAUUUCAGCUCAGCAUUCACCAUGAAUCUCAAGGUAGUCCUCGUGUUCCUGGCGCUGUCCCUCAUUACCAUCUUUGCCCUGACCUAUGUCUUGCUGACCAGCCAAGGUGCCUCCAGCCAGCCUCCUCGCUGCCCCUCUGUAUCCCACAGUGCCCAGUCCUGGACACACCCUGGCCAGAGCCAGCUGUUUGCAGACCUGAGCCGAGAGGAGCUGAUGGCUGUGAUGAGCUUUCUGACCCAGCAGCUGGGGCCUGGCCUGGUGGAUGCUGCCCAGGCCCGCCCCUCGGACAACUGCGUCUUCUCAGUGGAGCUGCAGCUACCCCCCAAGGCUGCAGCCCUGGCCCACCUGGACAGGGGAAGUCCCCCGCCUGCCCGAGAGGCACUGGCCAUCGUCUUCUUUGGCGGACAACCCCAGCCCAAUGUGAGUGAGCUGGUGGUGGGACCGCUCCCACGUCCCUCCUACAUGCGGGAUGUAACAGUAGAGCGUCAUGGGGGCUCCCUGCCCUAUCACCGACGUCCCUUGCUGGGAACUGAGUUUGCCCAGAUGGAGAAACAUUUGAAAGAGGUGGAGCUACCCAAGGCACCAGUCUUCCUGGCUUCUGUCUUCAACUACAAUGGCUCCACUUUGGCAUUUUUGCACGCCACCCCUAGGGGCUUACGCUCAGGGGACCGUGCUACCUGGAUAGCCCUCCACCAUAACAUCUCAGGUGUUGGGAUUUUCCUUCACCCAGUGGGGCUGGAGCUACUGCUGGACCACAGGGCCCUGGACCCUGCCCACUGGGCUGUCCAGCAGGUCUUCUACCUUGGGCGCUACUAUGCAGACUUGAGCCAGUUGGAAUGGGAGUUUAAGGCUGGCCGGCUGGAAGUGGUUAGAGUUCCUCUACCCCUGCCAAAUGGGGCUUCAUCCCUGAGAUCCCGGAUCUCCCCAGGUCCUCUUCCCCCUCUUCACUUCUCACCCCAAGGCUCCCAAUACAGAGUACAAGGGAACCUGGUGGUAUCCUCUCUCUGGGCAUUUACCUUUGGCCAUGGGGUGUUCAGUGGCAUGAGGAUUUUUGAUAUUCGGUUCAAGGGUGAGCGGGUGGCCUAUGAAGUCAGUGUCCAGGAGUGUGUAUCUGUCUAUGGUGCCGAUUCACCCAAGACAAUGUUGACCCGAUAUUUGGAUAGCAGCUAUGGACUUGGCAGUCACAGCCGGGGCUUGGUGCGUGGAGUGGACUGCCCCUAUCAGUCUACAAUGGUGGACAUCCACGUAUUAGUGGGCAAAGGGGCAGUCCAGCUACUCCCGGGGGCUGUGUGUGUAUUUGAGGAGGCCCAGGGACUCCCCCUUCGAAGGCACCACAAUCACAUAGAGAGUCAUUUCUAUGGUGGUUUGGCUGGCUCGGCCCUUGUAGUGAGGUCUGUGUCAUCUGUAGGCAAUUAUGACUACAUUUGGGACUUUGUAUUGCACCCAAAUGGGGCGCUUGAAGGGCGGGUCCAUGCCACGGGCUACGUCAAUACAGCUUUCCUGAGUGGGGGAGAGGAAAGCCUCCUCUUUGGGAACCGUGUGGGAGAACGAGUGCUGGGGGCAGUGCACACGCAUGCCUUCCACUUCAAGCUGGACCUGGAUGUGGCAGGGCUGAAAAACUGGGUGGUAGCGGAAGACGUGGUGUUUAAACCUGUGGCAGCCCCUUGGAGUCCGGAGCACCAACUGCAGCGCCCACAGCUGACUCGGCAGGUCCUGGGAAGGGAGGACCUGACAGCGUUUUCCUUGCAAAGCCCCCUUCCCCGCUACCUUUACCUGGCUAGCAACCAGACUAAUGCCUGGGGUCACCAGCGCGGGUAUCGAAUCCAGAUCCACAGCCCCCUCGGCAUACACAUGCCCCUGGAGAGCGACAUGGAAAGGGCCCUCAGCUGGGGGAGAUACCAGCUCGUGGUGACCCGGAGGAAGGAGGAGGAGUCACAGAGCAGCAGCAUCUAUUACCAGAAUGACAUCUGGACCCCCACUAUGGCCUUUGCUGACUUCAUCAACAAUGAGACUCUCUUAGGAGAGGACCUGGUGGCUUGGGUUACGGCCAGCUUCCUGCACAUCCCCCACGCUGAGGAUGUCCCCAACACAGUGACUGUGGGGAACAGAGUUGGCUUCUUGCUCCGGCCCUAUAACUUCUUUGAUGAAGAUCCCUCCAUCUUCUCCCCUGGCAGCAUCUACUUUGAGAAGGGCCAGGAUGCUGGGCUCUGCAGUGUCAACCCUGUGGCCUGCAUCCCUCACCUGGCAGCCUGUGUCCCGGACCUGCCCCCUUUCUCUUACCAAGACUUUUAGUCCUGAGGAUGUGGUAGGACACAGAGUUGGGGUGCUGAGACAUAUGUACCUUCCUCUCUCUGUUCCCACUUCUUGCUCCCCUGACUCUCAGCCUCUUAAUGUUUCUUAGGAAACAGCCUCCUCCCACAAUAAACCCCCAUAUAUCCUUUUGGUUAA